GAGAUUUUCAUCCUCUCUCUCCAAGAUACAAACAUUUCUCUGAUCUCCAAAAGAAAGAUGACUAUGUCUUCUACUAAUAUGCCCUCUGUCCAAACCAUAUUAUCCACGGCUGCUUCUGUGGCAGCUUCGGUGAUGCUUGUCCGGACUAUAUUGCAGGACUUCUUACCUGAACAGGUCCAAGAUUAUGUUUCCUCUGGCCUUCGGAGACUCAUCAACUCUUUCUCCUCGGAACUGACUAUUGUCAUCGACGAAUUUGAUAAGCUGACAAACAAUCAAGUCUAUGAAGCUGCAGAGAUCUACUUGGGCAACAGGAUCUCUCCCAACACCCAGACACUAAGAAUUAGCAAAUCCGAAAAGGAGAAAAGCCUCAAGGUAGCCAUGGUAAAAUAUGAAGAGAUGGUCGAUACCUUCGAUGGUAUUCAAUUCAAAUGGAGUUUGGUCUGCACCAAAAUUGAAUCCAAUAAGGUUUCGAGCUCAGUUUUCAUAAGAAAUACAGAGAAGGUGUUGCAAUCUUACUUGACUCACAUAUUGGAGCAAUCUAAGUCCACAAAAGGAGAGAAUAAGACACUGAAGCUCUUCACGGUGAACGAAAGUGGUCUAUAUGACAACUUUGCAGAUGCAUGGGUUUCCAUAAACUUGGAUCACGCUGCAACUUUUGAUACAUUGGCGAUGGAUGUGGAGCUCAAGCGGAUGGUAAUGGAAGAUCUGGAGAGAUUUGUUCAGAGAAAAGAAUUCCAUAGGAGAGUUGGGAAGGCUUGGAAACGUGGGUACCUCUUGUAUGGCCCUCCUGUAACCCUAUCAGGGCUUCUAAAUUUUACAGAUGGCCUAUGGUCAAGUUGCGGGGACGAACGGAUCAUUGUGUUCACAACCAAUCACAAGGACCGAUUAGACCCUGCAUUGCUUCGCCUUGGUGGCAUCGACAUGCACAUUCACAUGUCUUUUUGCACACCUAGUGGGUUCAAAAUCCUUGCCUCUAAUUAUCUCCAAAUUAAUGAUCACCCACUCUUCACAGAGAUUGAAGAGCUAAUAGAAAAGGUUAAGGUCACUCCUGCAAUGGUUGCUGAGGAGCUCAUGAAGAAAGGAAAUCUUGAAGUUGCACUUAAAGGUCUCCUUGAAUUCUUGCACUCCAAGGAGAAAGAAAGUGAGGAAGCAAAGAUCAGUGAAACCCAAAAAGAAGACCCAGACAAGAAAAAAAGGGUAGACUACUCCAUAUAA